AUGCUUUAUGCUACUGUGAAGCUAGUCCGAAUUCAUGCAAACAAAUGCCCGAUUUGCCGUGGAAUGGAAGUACAAAGAGAGGCACUGGAGGAGCGUAAUGACUGCCCGGUGAUAACUGAUUACGUCCAUUGUCUGAUCGAGACUAAUCGUACGUGUCGCGGCAAUCUCAAGUACCAUACCCUGCAAACACUGCUCCAUCGGCAACGCCAAGAAUUCUCAUGUAGCUCAUUUCCAGAAACAAUGAAACCAACAAAUUAUGUGCCGAUUGGGUAUAUUCUUCCCUAUUUUUUUGACCAGUUAUUUCGGCUUUCUUAA